GUCUCCAGCAGUGCCUUUCACUUCCUAUGGCAUGCAUCACACCAGCUUGCUGAAACGGCAUAUUGCCCAUCAGCCUUCUGUGAAUGCUGACCCAGCUUCCCAGGAGAUCUGGAGAUCAGAAACGCUGCUUCAGAUCUUUGUUGAAAUGUGGCUUCAUCAUUAUUCACUGGAAAUGUAUCAGAAAAUGCAGUCCCCUCAUGUCAAGCUGGAGGUUCUCCACUACCGACUCAGUAUCUCCAGUAAACACCACGGUAGUCCUGCCCAAUCCAGCUACCAGGCCCUCCACGCAUACCAAGAGUCAUUUAAGCCCACCGAAGAGCACGUGCUAGUGGUAAGACUGCUCGUGAAACAUCUGCAUGCUUUCAGCAACAGCCUGAAACCAGAGCCUCUCUCCCCUUCAGCCCAUUCCCACACAGCCAGCCCACUAGAAGAGUUUAAAAGGGUUGUGAUUCCUCGGUUUGUCCAGGAGAAACUUUAUAUCUUUCUGCAACACUGUUUUGGCCACUGGCCUCUGGAUGCCUCUUUCAGAGCAGUUCUUGAGAUGUGGUUAAGUUACUUGCAGCCUUGGAGGUAUGCUCCGGAAAAGCCGCCACAAAGUGCAGAACCCUUGCCUCGGAGCGUGUCAGAGAAGUGGGCUGCCUUCAUUCAAGAAAACCUACUCAUGUAUACUAAGCUGUUUGUAGGAUUUCUGAACAGAGCUCUUCGAACAGAUUUGGUCAGUCCAAAAAAUGCUCUCAUGGUGUUCCGAGUAGCCAAGGUCUUUGCUCAGCCCAAUCUAGCUGAAAUGAUCCUGAAAGGAGAACAGUUAUUCCUGGAGCCAGAACUUGUUAUUCCCCAUCGUCAACACCGACUUUUUAUGACCCCCACACUUGGUGGGAGCUUCUUCUCAUCAUGGCCUCCAACUAUUACAGAUGCCUCAUUUAAGGUGAAGAGUCACGUUUACAGCCUGGAAGGCCAGGACUUCCAGUAUAAACAGAUGUUUGGUACAGAAGUCAGGAAUUUGGUGUUAAAACUGGCUCAGUUAAUUUGCCAGGCGCAGCAGACAGCAAAAUCCAUAUCAGACCAUUCUGCAGAGACAACAGCUAGCCAGUCCUUCUUUUCAUGGUUUAGAUUUACACCAUCCGAGAUGAAUGGCUCCUACACAGGCAGUGACCUUGAUGAAAUUGGGCAAGACAGCAUCAAAAAAACAGAUGAAUAUUUAGAGAAGGCACUGGAAUACUUGUGCCAAAUCUUUAAGCUGAAUGAAGCCCAGCUGACCCAGAUGAUGAUGAAGUGUGGGACAGCUCAAGACGAGAAUGGAAAAAAACAGCUUCCAGACUGCAUUGAAAGUGAGGAUGGCCUUAUUCUUACACCCCUUGGCAGGUACCAGAUCAUAAAUGGCUUACGCAGAUUUGAGGUGCAGUAUCAAGGAGAUACUGAACUUCAGCCCAUCCGAAGCUAUGAAAACGCCACUCUUGUCCGCCUCCUAUUUCGUUUAUCCUCAGCACUUAACGAAAGGUUUGCUGAUCAGAUGGAUGUGCUGUGCUCCAGGGAAGAUUUUGUUGGCAGACUUUGUCGCUAUCAUCUUACCAACCCCCACCUCAUACAGAAAAUCAGGUACAGUCCCGUGGUGAUGGACAGAACAAGCCACAACUGGGGACCAAGAAUCAGUCUGAGGUUUCUGGCUAGCUACAGGACUCUCAUUUCUUUGCUGAUGAUCUACUUCAUUGCAUCAUGGUUUUACAUUGGGCCAGUGGGCUGCUCAUUCAUUAUCCUGAUUGGAUAUUUUCUUUAUGCCAUAAUAAUGACUCUUUUCUCUGAAGGAUGGAAACCACAUGAACACUAAUUUCCUUCUCUCAGCUUACACUUGUAAAAAUAAAUGUUUUAAGGUUGAGCCUGGGAUUCAAUGACUAAAAUGUCUGAAUUAUCAUAUCAGAUCUUCCUAAAGUAUUUUUUAAUAUUAAAAAGUUACUUGAGUUUUAUAAACAAUGAUGUGGUCUUGUGGAGAUAAUCAAUGUAAAUUUUAUUUUUAUAAAAGUGUUCCUAUG